UUGUCGUCGUCUGCGCCCCGGCGGAAGUGGUUCUCGUAGAACUCGCGCAGGACGUCAGGGAGGGCGGAGACGAGCGUCAAGUCUUCAAAGGCGUUGUUGAUCGGCGAGAAGGACAUGGACAGGGCCGCCGCUCUCGCCGCAGCGCCCGGCAGAUUCUGGGGCGUCCUAUGCGCGGGCGGCGGCAACUCGUCGCUGCUCACGCAUGGCGGCGUCGGGGUGCGCGAGCGCGGCACCUGCGUGCUUGGCAGUAUCUCAAAGUCGGGUAUGUCUAUUGGUUCGUAAUGAAAGUCGUUAAAGUCGGCCAUGUCUGCCAUGCAGUCUUCCCACCCAUCGUCAAAGUUGUCCGGCGAGCCAGCUCCUUCUGGGGGCACGAGGAAUGGGGCGUCGUUGACGACGCGUUCUUCAUCCUCGUCCGGAUCGGCCCAUUCUUUGCCCAUCGCUGCGGCCGGUUCGUCGUCCGGGUUCGCCCGCUCCUUACCUUUGGACGAGAUCUGCCUGGGGGGCGAUGCAGGCCUGGAUGAUGGCUUCGAUGAUGGCUCGACUGACAGUGGCUCCACCGGCGGUGGCGAUGCAGGCGCGGACAGUGGCCUUGACGGGGGCUCGAAGGGCGGUGGAUCGAGGGUCUGUGGUUCGACGCGUGGUGGCUCGAUGGGCGGUGGCUCGACGGGCGGUGACUCGACGGGCGGGGGCUCGACCGACAGUGAGUCGACGGACGGCGGCGAUGCAGGUGUUGAUAGCGGCCUCGACGGUGGGUCCACAGACGGUGGGUCGACGUACAGUGGGUCGACGGAGGGUGGGUCGACGGACCGUAGUUGGACGAGAGGUGGCUCGACCGAUCGCAGCUCGACCGACAGUGGCUCGACGCACAGUGGCUCGUCUUCGUCUUCGUCGCUGGAGAAGAUUCGCCGUCGCGUACGUCGCGGGGGCAGAGGACUGGGAGACCGUGUUCUCCUUGACGACUUCGAGGCCUUGGACGAGCCUCUCGAUGGAGUCUUCUCGGACAGAAGCGACGCCGUAGACGACAAUCGUUGCGGCUUGAGCGGCGAGCCGAUUGGCGAGGAUGACGCUACAAGGUCGAUAUGUUCUGGCUCCCUGCCGUCGCUGGCGGUACCACUCGAAGGCCCAGCGCGUGAGGAAGACGGUGCAUCUGGGGUCAGUCACGGAUCUAGCAUCGACGGCGCACUGGACGAAAUGCGCCUGAGAGCGCGGGCCGCACGGCGCUGCGCCGACCUCCGCAGCUCUUCGGCGGUGAAGUCUAUCUCGCUGAUCUCUUCAAUGUCCGCAAACUCGUCCUCCUUCGCCUUGCCCUUGGCGGACCGCUUGGCAGGAGACCGGGGCUUGAAGAAAGUAUGGACAUCAGAGGCCUUUUUCCUUGCGCGCGGAGCCCUGGGCGUGGCCGCUGCGCGCGGCAUAAAGUAUGGGCUUUUGCGCGAGCGCGAAGGGGGCGGCGGCGGCGGGGAGGGCGAGAGCGAGAGCGAGAAGCGGGGGGAGGGGCAGGGGGUUGGGGAGGUGGAGCGUGGUAGGAAGGAGGGGCGCAGGGGAGGGGAGCCCGGCGUGUAUAGGGGCAGAUGGAAAGCCCGGGUGGACGGUGAUAGAUCGAUAGUGCGCAUACACGGGACGUCGAGCGCUUGAUGGAUGAUGGCGCACUCGACAGAGGAGAUGAUGGAG